AUGCGAUUCUUUAUUUCAGUGACACUUUGUAUCGCGUAUGAAAUUUUCGCUCAAGAAUGCAAAAAGGAUGAGCAUGCAAUUUUUGGUAUGAUGCUUCGAAGACACACCUUCAAAAAGUUGAAAUCGUCGAUUGCAGUCGAAUGUAAUCGAGCGUGUAACGAUGAUUUUCGAUGUCACAGCUUCAAUUACUUAAUUACGGAGAAAUUAUGUGAACUAAACAACCGGACUAAGGAGGCCAGACCAGAGAACUUUGUACCAAAUUCGGAGAGAUAUUAUGUCAGGAGUAAUAAGAAAAGAGGUGAGUUUCAUCGCCCAAAAGGACUUAACACUGAGUGUAAAAUUUAAAUUUCCUAAACUAUUAUGGGUCUUGGUUGGUGAAAUUUGAGACACCAUGGACAAAAGACAUGAUAUUACUCCAAAUUUACACUUUCGAAACCAAAUUGUUUUCAACGAAAGCAAGUGGAUAGCGUUAUCCGUAUUUUGAAUUUCCGGGCCCCAGCUCCAAAUAUUUUUCUCUGAUCGAGAGGAGUAAUGAAAUUUAUUAUCUAACUGCACAAAGUAGGGAACAAACAACGCGCGAAUAGAGUGCAAAUAUCCUGCGAUAUUGUACAGUUAUUUCGACGAUUAGUUAUUUCCUACCGUAAAAAAAAUCUGUUUGAGAAGUUGGCAACAGUUUCCUACUCUUGCACCGUAUUUAACAACUGUUUCAUGGUUGUUAGUUAAGAGCCUUCAGCUCCUCAAGUACCGGCAGUGAUUAAUUCAAAGCGUGGUCGCUUUGUGAUUGAGUCGGAUGAUGAAAAUGAAAUGUAGUUUUGGAAAGUAUUUUCAUAUGCAAAGGGCACAUCCAUGUCUUUAAGAGCUUGUCUCCUGGCAGAUUCAAAGCUUUGUUACUGGUGAUAAAUUACAAAUCACUUUUCAUUGAUAAAUGUACACUUUCGUACAUGCAGCAAAUGUGUGCGAUUUGAGAACAACAAUGGAAAAUAAAGUUCAACUUUUAAUCGUUUUGAAACCUUAUGUGACAAAUUGACGGCUUAACUCGUAAAAAUACUCAGCGAUACUAUACACCUAAACUUCUAGUAAGAAAGUUAUUAGAGGGUGGAAGUAAAGCUAGAAAUUAUCUUUGAUGAAAAUAUUUCUUGUCCUCAGUUCCUCUUGGUUCCAUUCCACAUGUGAAGAGAUAAAGGCCAGCGAAGAUGGAAAAGCGAAAAGUGGCGAGUACUGGAUUUAUUCCAUUAUAACGGGAAAAACUGCUCUGGUUUCUUGCGAUAUGGAACCAGAAGGUAAAAAUGUUCAAGUUCUUGUUGUUGCAGCUGAUAUGAAUGUGAAAAAGUUUGUUUAAAAAUUUAUAGUUCUGGUAAUUUAGAUAUAAAGCUAAUGACAAUAAUAUACACUUUUUGUUGCCUUUCAAUGAAAACCUUAAAGCAACCAUCAUAAAUAGUAGUAGACCUUACCCUCAUCAUUUCCCAUUUGCACAUAUUUGUAUUUAUUGAGUAAAAAAAGUUAUGUGUACUCUAGGAUUCGGUAGACUUUCAAGGGCCAAAUUCUUUCGAUCAUCACGGCUCGACCAAGGAACUUUAGCAAGUGAUUAAUUGUAAAGCAUUCAGACCAAACUAGCAUAUGAAUAUGCAGCUUUUGCAGGUAAAUGUGUGUGUUUGAUGACCGUUACCAUUUUAACCGACUACCAUCCAUACCAAAAAAAAAAAAAAAGCAUAAAAUCGACUCAUGUAUAUGGCCUGCAACAUUUCUGGCGCGGCACUAAUUAUUCCUGUCCUACCUUGUAUGUGAUAUUUGUAUCAACCUGCUAAUCUAUAUCAACAGACAUUGAUGAAUGUGCCAGCGGUGUUCACAAUUGCCACAGUUCAGCUUCAUGUACCAACACUGUAGGAUCGUUCAAGUGCUCAUGUAACCAGCCCCACAUAGGGAAUGGAAGAUCUUGCAUUCCUCUCCCAUCAGGUACAAAGUUGAGUCGGGUCUUCCAAUGUUGCUGCUUUUGUAACUAUGCUUUCACGCAGGCAUCCGGCUUGACGUAGAUACAAACAACAGGGGGGUAAUAAACUUAUUACUCAGAUAGUAAUCAAGCAACUAGCAACUUACUUAUUUUGCUUCUUUUUUUUGCGCUCAAGGAUUUUUGUUGCGUCAUAUCUUUGGAUUUCACGUGACGUUAUGAAAAUCGAAAAUCCAAAAUAAUUAACAAUAAUCCACUUAAGUGGAGGAGAGUAGUCAUGGAUAUUUAAGCGCCGAGGUAAAUAUCCACCACUUCAACCGACAGUGGUAAUGAAGAAUGUUUGAACUUCAGACAAUAUAACGAAUAUUGGUUGAAAAUUAGAUUUAACUUAAUAGAACUUGCAAAUCAUUCCCGAACCAGCCAAUCAGCGCACAAAAAAGCACCAUUCACUCAGGUGUUUUAUACUAACCAGGGCACCAACUCCUUGGUGUUCGACGGAAGGGCACCAACUUGGCAUCCCCAUACUGAGCUCUUAAAAUUUAGUGUACAAUAGCUCACUCUCCUGGGGUCGGGCGUUCAGUAUGUAGUUUUGCUUUUAGUUUUCAAUUGGAUGACAGUGAAAUCCAUUAGGCAACAACAGGGAGAGGAUAGCGGAUGACUCAAAAAGUAAUCAUGCAACGAACACUGCCGAAAAUUUUUUUUUUUAUGUUUUUGCGCUUGGGAAUGUUUGAGACGGUUGCCUGCACUGAAGAUCUUCCGCCUUAAUUCCAGAGGAAAUUAAAUAUGCUUGUAACAACAAACGAGGAAAGUCAAAACAAGAAAAACCAUUACUACUUGAAUUGAAUUCAUGUUGUGACUCUUUAAUGUGAUUAUGCGGCCGUAAAACUAUUUCGUAACUAACUUCGUUUGUUGGUCAUCAUUAUGGCUAGAUAUUGGCUGCGUUUUUCGCUUUUUUUUUUUCCUGGAGUCAAAAACGUUAAGAUUACUACACCAGGAGAUUUUAAUCUCUUUACUACACUAAUAAGUAGCGCAGAGGUCAUAUAUUCUAUAUAAAUCAAAUACCAAGGGUUCUACCUGGUUUGUUUCGAUUUUUGGACUUCCGUCAAUCAUUUCUACUCUGUCCAUUUUAGAAUGUCAAAACUAUCAAAGUCUGACCGGGUCAGACAGAAAGAUAACCUAUGGCAAUCAAAACACGGUUUGUGACAGAAGUAUUCAUGGUUGGUAUCGUUUUGAAGGAGCAGCAGGUACAAGAAUGCCUACUUCAUGUCCACCAAAACAGCGAUGUAACACUCACGCAUCCGGUUGGCUAAAUGGUGCUCACCCCACAGUGGCUGAUGGUCAGGUCACCAGGACAGUUUGCUUCCACUGGGGAUCAAACUGCUGCAACUGGUCAAGAUCCGUCAAUGUGAUAAACUGCAGCGAUUACUAUGUUUACUACAUAACUGGCACACCCGGAUGUUCCCUCCGCUACUGCAGCAGAGACUAA